CUGACGUGUCGGCUCCUGCUGCCCAGUGCUCAUGCUCCAGCAGCGGAGUAAAGCUAGUCAACAAAACUGCCAGCAUGGCAGCAAUACACUUCUACCGGCAAGGCCUUUUAUUACUUUUACUAAACUUUAUUUCCACCGCAGCCUUUGAGAAAAGGUUCUCAGACUUUAAAAGAUGCGCCGAUGAGGAGUGCAGCAUGCUUCUAUGUCGGGGAAAAGCCGUGACAGAUUUUUCUGGACCUGACUGUCGGUUCCUGUCAUUCAAGAAAUCUGAAACUAUCUAUGUAUACUACAAACUGUCAGGAAGAAGGGCUGACAUAUGGGCUGGAAGUGUUGGAAGUCACUUUGGCUAUUUCCCAAAGGACCUUCUUGCUGUCAACCACCUUUAUACUGACAAAGAACUUGAAGUUCCAGCAGAGGAAACAGAUUUUGUCUGUUUUGACACUGGAUAUGACAAGUUUGACAAUUACAACAUAGAUUUGCUCUUAGGUAUGUCAGUGGAGAAGAAUGAUAGUGAGAAUACUGAAACGCCUGACCAAAUCCAAGGGGCAGAGGGCGCACAGAAAACAACACAGCCAUCAGAGGAGGAAGCAUCUCCGAGUGAAAAACCAACUGAGGAUCAUGAUAACUCAGACGAUCUUAAUGAAGUUGAUGAUGAGUCCUAUACAGGAGCUAUACCUGAUGCUACUGAAAGAGCUACAGAAGAAGAAGUUGAGCAAAAACACGAGCCAGUGUCUGUUCUUGAAACUGUAUCAGUAAUGAAUGACACCAAAGAUACACCCACAAAGUCUGAAGUGGAAUCUAUGCCUGAUUAUGAUUUUGUUUCUGAAAAUGAAUCAGUUUCUGAAGGAGUGCAAAUUCCUGAGUUGAAAACAACCCUUGGAACAACUUUUGAUGCUGUCAUCACUGAAGAAGAAAUCACAAAGAAAGUUACCCCAUAUGAGGAUGAUGACCAUGAAGAUUUGGAAAAUACUCCCAAAGAUUUUGUUGAUGUUGAAGAGGAAACUCCUCUGCUGUCUUUCUCUGAAGAAACCGUGAACAGUCUGGAAACUGAUUCUCUUAAAAAAGUUGAAAGUCUGCCAACAACACAGGAUGAUAUAUCAAAAACGCCGGAGGAGAAGACCAUGUGGUCGUCACUUGGAGAUGCCGUAUUUUCAGUUGUCACAGGGGGAGAGAUAACAGCACAAGACUUGAGUGUAGAGGAGGACGAUGACGACGAUGAUGAGGAGGAUCAGGAAGAAGACUCUCCUGCAGAAGUUCCUCAGAGUUUUGAGGAAGCAAAGAGAGAGCCACUACCAGAAGACUUCCAAAAAGAGUUUAAGAACAUUCAGCCAGAAGAUCAGCAAGAAGAUCCUUCUCAUCCUGACUCUGUACAGUCAGAUGUUGAAAAAACUUCCAGUCUCUCUGACAAACUGUUGUUUGACCAUGACAAUGAGAAUGAUGGAGAAGUGAUGGGGCAUGAGGAAGCUGGGGAUGAAACAUUAGAACUAACCGAUCAGCUGAUACACCAUGAAGAAAAUGAAAUGAGUGUACCGUCAGUAGAUCCAACACCACAAGACAUUUUAGGCAGCCACGAGUCUGAAAAAUCUGAUAGUGAAACAUCACAGGAACCCACUGAGGACAUAGGAGAGGAGAUGUCAAAGCCUUCAGAGGUCAAAGAGGACAAAGUAAAUGCAGAGUACGGUACGGUUGAGCAGGAUUUAGACAAUGCAUUAGAUGAAAGCAAAACAACGACAGAUCAAGAGCUAGCCACUAUUGAAAAUACAAAAAAUCAGGACCUGCUCACGGAAGAGGACCUUGUCACUGAAGAGAGGCAGUCAGAUCCUUUAGAGGUCACAGAUGGUGAAAGUAUAGCAGAUGACAGCCUGCCAGAUGAUAAACACAAACAUUCAAUAACUUAUUCAGAAAGUAAUAACAGUCAAGCAGAAUUACCUAUUGAGGAACCAGAGCCCUUUGAGGAACCACAUGUAGGGAAAAGAGAAGAUGAAAACGAUGCUGAGAUGGAAGAGAAAGAAGAAUUACUUGAAGAUGAAAAUGCGCUUUCCUUCUCACAGUCAGACACUUCACCUGAAACAAAUCUACCUCCUGUGUCAACUCAAGAGCCAGAAUACAGUGACAGCAUAAUGAGACUGAGUCUGCUGAGAGACCACUUCACAGAGGAGAACAUGGAGCGGUUCCAAAACCUUCUGGGUUUGAAAAAUCUCUUUAAAUUGGAGGCCAUGUUCUCUGAUCUGGACACAGAGUUUCAGGCUACUCGUCUGACACACACAGGGACUAUGCAGGACAUUGAAAAUGUGCUUGAGACUAUCUUUGAAGCCUCAGAGAAUGCCAUCUUGGAUGAGGUUGAGAAGAUGCUGGAUAGCCGGGACACAAAACGCAACUAUAAUGACCAGAUGGGCACAAGUGUUUUGGAUGAGGAAACUGAAAUACUGGAUGACUUUCAGGAGCUUGCUUUCAGUUUGCGACAAAAGUAUUCAACAGCCAGUGACAGUACACCAUUAGCAACAGAAAAAUCUUCAGAUAUUGAGCAAGAUGAACAUGAAUUAAAUGUUGAAGAGAACACCCACCCCGUUGUUGAAGAAACAUUUGAUAGCAUUCCUGAAACCAAGAGCGAUGACAACCUCACAGCAACCGAGCAUGAAGAAAGGCCAGCUGAGAUUGAGGAGCAGACAGUUUUGGACGAGGUACCCACUGGAUUAGAUGUCAGCGUGGAGGAGGAUGGCGGGCACUUUAAUAAAAAUAAGGACAAUCAACCAGGCUUCAGGGCAUCACAUGAGUUGCCAAAGGUCUCUCAAGCCAACCUGGAACAUCCCCUUGACAUGGGCCUUGGUGUUGAGGUUGAGCACUCACCCUCAGGAUCUAUGGACUCAAUGGAGCCAGUGUCUGAGAUGCACGAAGAAGAAGUGGGAUUAUUCUCAACUGGAAUUGUUUACACAGGCGGCAUCCUUUCAGUAAUCAAGAAUAAAACUGCUGAGUGGACCAUUUUGAUGAUUUCAUUAUUGCCAGAAGAGUGGAAACCAGGAGAAACUUUGUACGGCUGUCCUUGGCAAGCUGUUGUCAUCACUGCUUUAGCUGGAGUUGUGACCUUCAUCCUCUUCUUCUGGAGGACUGUGUUGGCAGUAAAGAAGAGUGAAUACCUUGUGGAUGAAAAAGGGCUUGCAGAGCAAAUACAUGCACUUAAAAAAGAGAAGAAUGAGGCUCUCGCCAAAAUGUCUGAACUACAGAAACAGGCUGAACAACUGAAAGAAAAUCAAAAACAGUCAAAGGAAACAGUUAGUUGUACAAUGAAAAGGAUGCAAGAGCUUGAGAGUAAGGUUUUAGAGGCAGAGACACUGAAUGAACACAUGGGCGAGGAAAAGAACAAAUAUGCAAAACUACUUGAAGAAGCACGGGCAAACUCUCUCCAAAAUGAGACUAGGAUUGAAAAACUAGAGAAGUCCAAUGAAAAGCUGCAGCUGAGCAGGAAAAAGAUUCAGGAAGCCCUCACUAAGACUACUGUUCUCCUGGAUGAAGCAAAGAUUUGUGAAACCGCCAGAAACGUUCAACACAAAUCUCUUGAGAAAGAGUUUGCUGCAUUAAAGGAUGAAAACAAAACACUUAAGGCCACUAUUAAAGGCUGGGAGGACAAACAUAAGGACCUAAAUGAGAAGAUUAAAGUCUAUCAGAAGUCCCAGAAAGAGCUGGAGGACUCUGUGGUGCUCAAAGAUCACAAUGUGGAGGUGUUGUCUGAACUUCUGGCAGACCUAGAUGCUUGCGAUUUGCAAAAGGGUGACACCAAAGUUUUAGCCAAUGGUGAAGUCGUAUCUGAUAAGAAGACAGCCAUAAAGAGUAGAAUUAAACAGAUGAUGGAUGUUUCUAGGGUUCAGACCACUCUCACUGUAGUUGAAGAUGAGCGCGAUCGCUUCAUGGCAAAACUGCUGAAUGAGGAAAAGUCUAGGAAGGCUUUGGAAGAACAACACCAAGAGCUGGAGCAUGCAAUUGCCACCUUAAAAAGUGAAAAAAGCCAUGUGGAAAACCAGUUCAAGAUCCUCCAGCAGAAAAAUGAAAUCAUGGUUGAAAUGUACCAGCAGAAGGAAAACGCUCUGCAGCAGAAACUAACAAAAGAGGAGUUGGAGCGACGCAGCAAAGAGAAUCUACUCUCUGAGGUGGGAGGAAAAGCUGUUGAAGCCGAGGAGCAGGUUAAAGUCUUAAGACAGCGCAUUAAUGAAAUGGAGGAACAGAUGAAAAAGACGGAGGAAGUCUAUAAAGAACAGAUAAAAGAACAGGAAAACAAAACUCACUCAAACUGGGUGAAUGCUCGUAAUGCAGAGCGAGCUCUGAAUCAAGAGAAGCUCGAGUCAUCAAAGCUCCGGGAAAAACUGGCUGUACUUACCUCCCAGCUCAAUGAGCGCCGUGCUCCUCUGUUCAGGCCCAACUCUGGUCAGCCUGCAGGCCCUUGCCAAGGUGAUUCAUAUGGGCCCUCGCCUGUAAGCGGGGGUGCACCGUCCCCACCAUUAAUGAUAGAGGGUCCCAGGCGCCCUCCUUCUGCCCCAAUUGGGCGAAGAAUUGACCCGUAUGGAGCUCGAUCUCCAUCAGAGCCACAUGCUCGUUACCCUGAAAACAAACACAUUUCUGGGAUGGACAUGAUGGGGCCUCGUAGCUCAUCUCCAGCCAACUUGGAUGCACCUGUACCCGGAUCCUUUAUAGCAUCACCAAUCAGGGACUCAUCUGGCCCUGUUGUCCAAGGAGCUCCACCUGGACCUUACAGAAUGCCGCGACCAGGACUUUACCACCUCCCGCCUGGCCCUCCUCUUCCAAAUGUACCUCCUCCUUUGCAUGGGCCUCCAUUGACAGCCAAUGGACACCCAGGUAUGCCGUUGGCUGGGCCGGUAGGAGGAGAGUUUGGACCUCGACCGGCCAAUGAACAUACAUUCCACCCCCGACCAGGCCCUGUACACGAUCCUCGUGGUCCGCUACCACCACACUUCCGUCCCCCUCCACCUCAUCACUUUGGACCGAUGCCUCCGCCACACGGUAUCCGUGGCCCUGUCGGACUGCGUCCGCCCUUCCCUCCUGACAUGCGCUUCUCAGGGUCGCGUGACCACACCAGUCCACCGGUGAACCUGCCUCCAGGUGUCCAACCGCAUCCUGUACAUCCAGGUGAUGCGUACGGUCAGGCUGCACCAAAUGCCCUCCAGAACUCAGCAGGAACUCACAAUGUCCCCGGACAGGAUGUGCAUGUGAAGCAGGAGGCCCUUCAGGACUCAGCAAGGCCAGCAGUGGUCAAGCCUUAAAAAAAGCCACCAGCUACAUCAGAGGACUUGAACACCCCCAUAUUCAAAUCUAUUACAAUAACAAAUUAGAUCAAGUGAAACAUUGAUUAUAAUUGUUUUCAUAUUUCUGUUAUUAAAAAAAGUGCUUUGUUCAUUAAAACCAAGACGCUUAGAGUAAAGAAUCAUCAAUAAGUAUGUGUCUGAAAUCCAUGAGUUGAGAGGGUUGCCACUUUUCUAAACAGCUUACUGUGCAAUAACGAUUAUACUUAAGAGGAUUUUUGUUUGUGUUGAUCUUUUAAAGCAAAUAAAUAGAAUGAUUUUUAAAGGGCAAUUUUUUAAAUGUCAUUUCCUGUGGAAAUUAUUUUAAAAAAGGAGGAAUAGGAAGUCGGUUUUAGUUUCUAGCAUUUCAGGAUUACCAUAAUUUCCCAAAGCUGUUGCUUUAGUAUGACCUGUAAAGCAAAUGUGUAAUUUGAUGGCCAAAUGUAUAACUUAUUUUACUAUGUUGGUAGAAGUUUUAAUAAUAAAGAAUGUAAAAGCUG